UUUCAAGUGUGAAAUCUUUAAAUGCUAAGACGCACUAUGGCGGAGUUUGAUGUCACAGCGGGACUUCAGCACGUUACGAAACGUAUAGAGGAGGUGCUGCAAAGUCGCACAAAGGAAAUCAAGUCACCAAAGCCAUUACUUGUAGCUGUAAGCAAAACCAAGCCUGCGGAGACUGUAAUCGAGGCUUAUAAGGCAGGUCAGCGUCAUUUUGGUGAGAACUACGUACAGGAGCUGGUGGAGAAGAGCCAACAUCCAGAUAUUCUAGCACAAUGCGCCGAUAUCAAAUGGCAUUUCAUAGGUCAUCUGCAGGGCAACAAAGUUAAUAAAGUAUUGAAGCUGCCAAAUUUGCAUAUGAUACAAACUGUAGACAGUGAGAAGCUGGCCAAUAGCUUGGAUGCCGCCUGCUCUAAGCUGCAGCCAGCGCUAAGUGAGCCACUGCGUGUGCUCAUACAAAUCAACACCAGUGGUGAAGAUGUCAAGAGUGGCAUUGAUGCUGUCGCCGCACCUUCACUCUAUCAGUACAUCAAAACGAACUUGAAACAUUUACAGCUGGAGGGCAUCAUGACUAUUGGCGCAUUUGGCUUUGACUAUAGCAACGGACCUAAUCCUGAUUUUGUCUCACUGUUGAAAGUACAGCGUGCCAUUUGUGAAGCGAAUGAUUUGAAGCCCGAAACGGUGCAAGUAUCCAUGGGCAUGUCCAACGACUACGACAAAGCGAUCGAAAUGGGCAGCACUAUAGUGCGCGUUGGCACAUCUAUUUUUGGAUAUCGCGCACCCAAAGCAUAAGGCACAUUACGCACAAGGCAAUCGGAGGCCACAGUGAGCGAGAAACUGCGCUCUAUGUAGAUUUCUGGCACAACAUAAUAUAAUGUCUACGGUUAAUACAGUUGCUUCUCAAUGACGUGUGCAUAGCCUAUCUAGCCCAGAAUUGGCUGUUAGAGAUUCUUCCAAUUUAGUUGGUAUACCUCAUAUUAAUGUACAUAUAGCGUUUUAUUAAAUGUAUAUAGAUUUGUUGUA